AUGGUCCCUGUCGGUCUAUUGCUGUACGGCUGGACGGCGCAAUCCCAGGUGUUUUGGUUUGUUCCACUUAUCGGCACUUUUCUGAUCGGUUUCGGCGUGAUCAACGUCUUCACACCGGUAGGCACGUACCUCGUGGACGCAUUUUCCGACUACGCCGCCAGUGUAACCGCGGCGAACACGGGGUUUCGCAGUAUUGGCGGAGCCUUACUGCCUAUGGCCGGGCCAAAACUCUACGACGCGCUAGAUCAGGGCUGGGGAAAUACAAUUCUAGCAGCCAUAAGCUUGGGAUUGAUGGGCAUGAUCGUGCUAGCUGUCAAGUAUGGCGAGACACUACGGACGCAUCCCAGAUAUCAGCUGAAACUGUAA